GUGCGGUGGCAGCUGACAGCUCACUCCACCCAGCAUGCCCCAGGUACGUGAGCCUACAAUUCCCGGCGUGCUGUGCGGCCAUGCUCCUGUGAGUGUCCCAGGCCAAUCUUCAAGAUGCCGAUGAAGGGGCCCUUCCCGAUCCGCCGCACCCUGCAGUAUCUCCAGAGCGGAGAGAUCGUCUUCAAGAACAGCGUCAAGAUCAUGACCGUCAACUACAACACCCGCGGCCAGCAUGGAGAGGGGGCCAGGAGUUUUGUGUUCUUUAACAUUCCUCAAAUCCAGUAUAAGAAUCCUUGGGUGCAGAUUAUGCUGUUGAAGAAUAUGACCCCAUCUCCUUUCUUAAGGUUCUACCUGGAUGAUGGGGAACAGGUCCUGGUUGACAUUGAAGAUAAAAGCCGGACGGACAUCAUACAGCACGUGAAGAAAAUCCUGGGCAAAACAGAAGAGACCUUAAAAGCAGAAGAAAAGGCGAAAAUGGUGUUAUCCAAUCCUGCAAACUUCGGCCCUAAAAAGUACUACCUCCGUGAGUGCAUGUGUGAAGUAGAUGGGCAGGUUCCAUGCCCUGGACUGGUGCCGCUUCCAAAAGAAAUGACAGGAAAAUACAAAGCUAAACUGAGAGCCGGGACAGAAGUGUGACCUCCAUAAUGGGUAGCAGCACCUCAAUGGUGGGUUACCUGGUCAUUAGAGAUGAGCAAAGUUACAGUGAUUCGAUUCGUCACGAACUUCUCGACUCGGCGGUUGCUGACUUUAUCCUGCAUAAAUGAGUUCACCUUUCAGGUGCUCCGGUGGGCUGGAGACUCUCUCCUAGGACUGUACCCACCUUUUCCAGCCCACCGGAACACCUGAA